AACAAAACACUCUCACACCCUCCCUUUUCGUUCCCCCACCACCAGCGUCUACCAAUGGAAGCCACAGCUCUCCUCAGCUUCCCCUCCUCCAAACCCCAUGCGUCUCAUUUUCUCACCCAAACCCACCACCAUUUCCUUUCGAAUCCACCACUCAUCUCUGCUCGAUGCAAGCCCAAUCUCUCGAUCCGCUCCGCCAUUUCCCGCAACAAGAAAGAAGAAACCGUGGAGACCGUAAAGACCCAGCUCGACAACUGCCACCUCAUUGCCGGAAUAAAGUACAAGGGCUUAAGCGUCAAGCAGUUCCAGGACCUCCGACGAGCCUUACCCGAGUCCACCAAGCUGCUCGUUGCUAAGAACACCCUUGUUUACAAAGCCAUUGAGGGGACCCCCUGGGAGGCCCUCAAGCCCUGCAUGACGGGCAUGAACGCCUGGCUCUUUGUUCACAGCGAGGAGAUCCCAGCGGCCAUCAAGCCCUACAGGACCUUCCAGAAGGAGAAGAAGCUCGAGGACAACGACUUCACCGGCGCAGUGUUUGAGGGAAAGUUUUAUGGGCCUGGUGACUUCAAGGCGCUCGAGAGUAUGCCUACGAGAGCUGAAAUUUAUGCCAAGCUUCUUGGGUCGUUGAAGACUCCCGCGUCGAGCUUGGUCGGGACGAUACAGGCGCCGGCGAGGGAGUUGGUGAUGGUUUUGAAGGCCUAUGUCAAGAAGUUGGAAGAGGAAGGUAGUGGGCAAUAGCGGCUGAUGAAAAAGGAGCAACCCUUUCAGUUUGAGCUAUUCUUGUAAUUGUAAGUGUACUUUGGAACCAACCCUCUUUUUUGUUUUUUCUUUUGCUUCUUGUAGCAAUGUUGUUAUUAUGGCCGUUUGUGAUUUUAGCUACACGGUUGAAUUUGAAAAAUAAUUGAAGGAAACGGAAGUUGUACAAUUGUGUCUAA